AUGCCAACUUCAUGUAAUACACAUGAUUAUGAUGGUAAAUUACGUCAAAAAUGGUUUGAAAUACGUCCUAUGUUGAUUUCUAACUAUCUUCCGCAUUGUCUUUCAUUUGAUGACACAAUAAAAGAUAUUGAAAAAUGGUUAGACAAAAAAUAUUUUAAUGUUAAACGAAUUGGUCGUGCACGUCGUUCUUUAAACAUUCUCGUAUCUAGUCGAAAUCGAAAUUUUGAUUCACGUAAUGAAAUUGAUGUUGAAGAACUUUUACCUAUUCUAUGGGAUAAAGUUAAAAAUCAACAAGAUAUACAUGAUACUUUCUAUGAACAAUUAUGUGAUAUUACUGGUGGAAGUUGUUCUCAAGGACGUUCUACUCGACUUUUUCAAUUUUUAUUUCUUUUCGAUUUAACAUCAGAAACAUCAAACAUAACAUCGACAAUUGAAGAAGAAAAAUCAGAAAUAUCAACUGAACAACAGUCAAUAAAGAAAGAUUCAUCAUCGGAAAUGUUAAACAUAACAUCAAAGAUCGAAGACGAAAGAAUAGUAUUAUCAAAUGAACAACAACCAAUAGAAGAAAAUUCUUCAGAAGUGACAUCAAGCACAACAUCGAAGAUUAUAGAAGAAAAAACAGAAAUAUCGACUGAACAAGAACCAAUAGUAAAAUUUUCAUCAUUAGAAACAUCAGGAACAACAUCAAAGAUCGAAGAAGAAAAAACAGAAAUAUCGACUGAAAAUGAAUCAAUAAAAAAAGAUUUACCAUCAUCAGAAACAAGACUUGAUGAGAAUUCAGUUUCAAUAUCAGAAGAAGAUCAACAAUCUCAAGAAAAAUCUAUAUCUCAAAACGAACAAUCAUCUGAAAAACAAGAAGAACUACAUAAAGAUGAACAGUUACACAUAGAAGAAGAGAAACAGUAA